GUAAAAAAUAAAUAAAAAAAUCAUAGCAAUAUUACCCAAAUGGUCUGCAAUCAAUAACAGGCACCAGGGGUUAAACUUUUCAGAAUAAAGGCAUUUAACUUUUUUUUCUCCGUGUGUAUGUAUAUCUCUAUAUACAGAUCUAUCUCUCUGUGUGUGUUUGGUGUAUUUUUUAAUUAUUGUUUUAAAGACUCCAAACGUUUGGGGAUUUAUCUUUCGCAGAUAAUACGUAUUUGGUUAAGGGGGUGAAUUUUGUUGUUUAAAAGGGAGGAAAAAGAGGGUCUGGGUGGUUUGUUCUGGGGGUCCCUAGUGCAAUGCAAGCCCCUCAUGGGUGCUAUUUUGUAAUCUCAGACUCUUGCUAUUGGUCAGUCCAUGAUCAGAUGGUUCUAUUUCCUUGUGUCCCUCGCUGGCACCCAGCCAUCCCCCUUCAGCUAAAACCCAAUCUCCGAUAUACUACUAAUAGCUAAACCACUUGGACUAUAAAACACAACAAAUCAUAAAGCCAGGAAAGGACGGCUGCCUCCUCCCAAUGAGUUCUUAUUUUGUCAACUCUACCUUCCCGGUGAGCCUGGCUGCUGGGCAGGAGCCCUUCCUGGGACAAAUCCCGUUAUAUGCCUCAGGAUAUGCGGAUCCUUUAAGACACUACCCCGCUUCCUAUGGAGCCACUAGCGUCCAAGAUAAGGGUUAUCCCUCCUCUUCUUAUUACCAGCAAGCUAACGGAGCCUACAGCCGGACCACAGCCUGUGACUAUGGGGCGGCUGGUUUUUACAGAGAGAAGGACCCUGUCUGUGCCACCUCAAACCUAGAUGACCAUGUUCAGUUUGCCCCAGAUCAGCGGAAGUCAGACUGCUCACAGACCAAAACUGUUUUCGGGGAAAGCGAUGACCAGAAGUGCUCUACUCCCGUCUACCCCUGGAUGCAGCGGAUGAACUCUUGCAACAGUUCAUCUUUCGGGCCAAGUGGCAGGAGAGGCCGGCAAACGUACACCCGCUACCAAACCCUGGAACUGGAGAAGGAGUUCCACUUUAACCGCUACUUGACCAGGCGUCGCCGGAUCGAGAUCGCACACGCACUUUGCCUGACAGAACGCCAGAUCAAAAUCUGGUUCCAGAACCGGAGGAUGAAAUGGAAAAAGGAAAACAAACUGCUCAACUCCACGCAGCUGAGCGCGGAGGAGGAGGAGGAGAAAGCAGCGGAGUGAAAGAAUUAUUUAAGAGAAAGAGAGAAAUAGCCCAACAGUUGGAGGAGGUAGAGGGUGGGGGGAAAGGGUUGGAGUGGAAGAGAAAACGCACCCCAAGUGGUGCACGCUUUGUAAAAUACCCGAGACGGUUUGAAGGUGGCGAGCCACCAACAUAAAUUUGCACCGUUGGACUCGUGUUCAGUUAAUCUGUCGUGUCAAAACAAAAAUCAGGCUUCUAGUUGAGGUUUUUUUUUCCUUUCUAUUCCUCCAAAUAUAAUAUAAAAUAAAAUAAUAAUAAUAAUUUGGAACUCUUACCUGUGUUUCUGCCCUUCGUGUCACUGUUAGUAACCCGCUAACUCUUGUAUUUAAUGGAGGUGCUGCAAUAUAUGUCAUUUUUGGUGUUUAUUGUCUUAAUUUUGUAAAAUGUUUCAUGCACGAUUGACUUAUAGAUUCCCCCCUCCCCGGUUGAUUUUCUUUUGGUAAAUUAAUCAAACCCUGGGGUCUUUGUAAUUAGUUUCUUUUUUUUUUAAAGAGAAAACCUACUGAAGGAACAAGUACUACCUAAAAGGAUGCAAAAGCAACAACAAAAAAAAUUAUAUUUUAUUAAUUUUUGUACGUGUUGUGUUUGUAGUUUGUCUUAGGUAUGGCCAUGGAAUACUCUAAUAAAAGCAAAGUAUUCGGACUCAUCCACACCCCUUUGGUAUUAUUAUCAUUAUUAUCAUUCCUGUCUAUGAAAAUAUGCCAUUCAUGUGGAGCUGAGGGGUUGUUAGCAAAGCGGGCGCUACUGCUGUCUGUGUGUGACACUGUCUUCUAAUCAGCAAGGACAAGCAAC